UGAGCACUAGCAUCUCUGCCUCUGCCCAUCUAAUCUGCUUUUGAAUCAUUCCACUGUAUGUUUAGUUUCAGAUAUGGAAUUUCUCAAUGAUUAAAUUGACAUCCUAAAUUCAUUCCUGAGUUCUUGAAUAUUUUUCUGUACCUCCAUGAGCAUGUUUAUGAUUUUUAUUUUGAAUGGUUUUUCAGGAAGAUUGGUCAGUUCAAUUUCACUUGGACCUUUUUCUGGUGUUUGUGUGAUUUUGGUUUGAACCUGGUUCAUUUGACAUUUCAUAUUUGUGUGUGGCACCCACUAGUGCCCAGAAGCUCUACUCUCUGGAGCUGCUCAUCUCCUGGAGUUAUGUCAGGGGUUGCAGGGGAGUGGUGCUGGUGCCCUGUUUCGUGAAGUCUGCCUUUUCUCCAGAUCUAUUCAGUCUGAGGUGGUCUUCUUUCCUGUUGCUCUUUUAGUAUUAGUUGUAUUAAGUAUAUUUUCAUACUAUAUGUCUUUGGGAGGAGUUCUCUGUCUCACCUCUUAUGCCACCCUCUUUAAUCCUCCCAUCAGCUUUUUCAAGAACUUUUCCUAUGUGUUAAUAACCAGUGAACAGUUGGCCUUUUUGGUGAAAAGGGCUAGUGUUCAGCCCAUCUUGGCCUUGGACAUGCCCUCCUCCCUAAGCUGAAUCUUUUCUGGCUUUUGAUUUCUAGCUUUUGAAAGGUGACACUUUUCACUGGAACACUUAGAGGCCAUUGUCGAGUAGCACAUUGGCCUUAUUUCAACAUUGCUGUGUCUCAGGACAUGGAGGUCUGAGCAGAGGGAGAGAGGACAACCAGUGUGCACAGCAGUCAGAACUACCACUGAUCAAGUUUGCCAUCACAUGGGUGCAGUUGGGGGCCCUUAAAACAACUACAGUGGUAACGUCAAAGAACACUGGUUACCUAACAAAUAGAAGAAUGAUGAAAAGUGUGAAAUAGUGCAAGAAUUGCCAGAUGUGACACAGAGACAUGAUGUGAGCCAGUGCUGUUGGGAAAGUGGUGCCGAUGGACUUGCUCAGUGCAGGGCAGCCACAAACCUUCAAUUUCUAAGAGACACAGAAUCUGCAAAGCAUCAUAAAAGGAGAGCUGCCCUCCGAGGGGUUCCCUUCUCCAUGGAGAGCAGGAAGGCGGCUCUGGGACCCUGGAAGUCCAGCAGAGAGGCUUUUGUGACGUUUGAGGAUGUGGCUGUGGAUUUCACACAGAAGGAAUGGAAGCUGCUGAGCCCUGCGCAGAGGACCCUGUACAGACACGUGAUGCUGGAGAACUUCAGCCACCUGGUGUCGCUGGCAGGAAUUCCCUGUUCAAAACCAGAACUCAUCACGUGGCUGGAGCGAGGGGAAGAGCCCUGGAGGGGAGACAGGAGACACCGGCAAGGCCCCCGUCCAGCAGAAGCAAAGCCAGAAAUGCAUCUCUCUGCAUGCCACACCCUGGUCUGCAGUCAGCAUAUCCUCAUCAGGCACACGAUUCACAACCAUUCUGCUCAGAUGUCUGCAGGUGCACAUGCAACAAAUUACCCACAGCCAAGGAGUCCUGGCCUGGAUCACCAGGAACAAGAGCAGGAAGAACUCUCUCAUCAGAGCAACCAGAGCGAUAGGAGAGCAGGCCAAGAGAGACAAGAAAACUCCCAAACCUUGUUGAGGAGGAGGAGUCAGACCUGGGGGGCAUCUGCCAGCCCACACCCCACACAGGCAUUAAGUCUGGGGCAAAGGAACAUAGUGGUGGAAAUAGAGGGCAGCCAAGCCCAGAGGGCAAGUCCUAAAGAAACAGGCAAACUAUUAAAAGGAAUACAAAAUUCAGGAUGGGAAGCAUUCAUACAUGCAGAGUGUGGGCAAGGCUUUAGCCAGAAGCCAGAGGUACUCGAACACAGAAAAGCACAUUAUGGACAGAAUCUUUUAACAUGCAGGAAGUGUGGACAGGACUUUACUGAUAAGUCAGCACUAUUGUUGCACCAGAAAACACACUCAGGAGGGGCUCCCUACAUGUGCACGGAGACUGGACCAGACUUCAGCGAUAAGUCAAGCGUCAUAACACACAGGUCACACACAAGGGAGAAGCGUUUUGUGUGCAAGGAGUGUGGACAAGGCUUUGCCCGAAAGUCAGCCCUGAUGUCCCACCAGUGGAAACACUCAGGUAACAAGCCAUUUUUGUGCAAGGAUUGCGGACAAGGCUUUACCCAAAAUUCAAACCUGAUACGCCACUGGUGGACACAUUCAGUGGAGAAGCCUUUUGUGUGCAAGGAAUGUGGGCAAGGCUUUAUCCAAAAAUCAUCUCUCAUCUCCCACCAAUAUAAACACUCAGGAGAGAAGCCUUUUGUGUGUAAGGAGUGUGGUAAAAGGUUUACCCAAAAAUCACACCUGAACAGCCACCAGAGGACACACUCAGGGGAAAAGCCUUUUGUGUGCAAGGAGUGUGGGCAAGGCUUUACCCAAAAAUCAACCCUGAUGUCCCACCAGUGGAAACACUCAGGGGAGAAGCCUUUUGUGUGCAAGGAAUGUGGGAAAAGGUUUACCAAAAGAUCAGCCCUGAUACCCCAUCAGAGGACACACUCAGGGGAAAAGCCUUUUGUGUGCAAGGAGUGUGGGCAAGGCUUUAUCCAAAAAUUAAACCUGAUCUGCCACCAGAGGACACACUCAGGAGAGAAACCCUUUGUGUGCAAGGAGUGUGGGCAAGGCUUUUCCCAUAAAUCAUCGCUGAUCUACCACCAGUAUAAACACUCAGGAGAGAAACCUUUUGUGUGUACAUAUUGUGGGCAGAGUUUUAGGUGGAAGUCUGGUCUCCUAAACCAUCAGAAUAAACACUUGGAGGUGAAGCCUUUCCUGUGCAGGUACUGUGGGCGAAAUUUCAGCUUGAAGUCAUAUCUCCUACGUCAUCUGAAGACACACUCAGGUGAGAAGAAGUUUGUUUGCAAGGAGUGUGGACAAGCCUUUAUCCGAAAAAGAUCCCUUACCACCCACCAGUGGAGACAUUCAGGGAAGAAGCCAUUUCUGUGCAAGCACUGUGGGAAAGGCUUUACCCACAAAUCAUCCCUCACUACCCAUGAGUGGAAACACUCAGGGGAGAAACCUUUCAUGUGCAUGAAUUGUGGGCGAAGUUUUAGCUUGAAGUCAAAUCUCCUGAGCCAUCAGAAGACACACUCAGGGGAGAAGCCUUUUGUGUGCAAGGAGUGUGGGCGAGUCUUUGUCAAGAAAUCAUCUCUUACCUCCCACCUGAGGAAACACUCAGGGGAGAAGCCUUUUAUUUGCAAGGAGUGUGGUCGAGCCUUUAUCCAGGAAUCAAGCCUGAUGGACCAUGAAAAGACACACUCAGAAAAGAGGCCAUUUGUGUGCAAGGAGUGUGGGCAAGGCUUUAUCCGUAAAUCAUCCCUGAUCUACCACCAGUGGAAACACUCAGGAGAGGAACCUUUUGUGUGUAGUUAUUGUGGGCGAGGUUUUCGGAGUAAGUCAAAUCUCCAGAGACAUCAGAAGAUGCACUCAGGGGAGAAGCCUUCUGUAUGAAGGGAGUGUGGGUAAGGCCCCAGUGCACACAUGGAGGAAAGGGCCCAUGUGUGCUGCAUGGAGAGGAACAUGAGCCAUAAUCACACGUGUGGGUGUCAGAGGUUCCACUCAGCAGGGAAGCACUUGUGUGCACUGUGUGGCCAAAGCACGUUAGAAGUCAACAGAUGCAGAAAUCUGUACACCUUUCACCUUCCCACCCAAGAUCCAGGGAAACUUCAGAUACUCCCUGACUAUAUAUGUAUAAGCAGCAAUUACUGCAGAGUCUCUCUUAAGGGGCUUCCUUAACAGAAAGAUGAAGGGGCACCGGCCUGAUGGCUGAGUAUCCGCACCUCAGGGUCUGCCUAUGGUGGUCAGCCCUUUCCUUCCAGUAACUGCUGCUUAACAAAGCUACAGCUGAGCCCGUGACCCCGCUCACAGAUGCAUCAUGCAGGCCGAGGGGAUCCGCAGGCCUACCGAGACUUGAACUUGGAGAUGGUCCCCAUCCAUGGAAAAUAAGUUUCUGUGGUCCUGAAUAUUUAUAGCAGGUUCUGAGGAGGCCCAGGCUUGAGAAUCAGACACCAAGGGAGGGGAUGGAGUUACCCAGGAUCCUGGGGAAAUGUCUCUCUCCUGCGGACCAGGUCUUGUGACUGACUGAGCUUCCCAUGGGCAGCUCUGAGUGGGUGAUGACAGCCCGACAGCCCAGCACUCUUCCACCAAACGCUCCUGUUGCGUCCCCUCUCCCACCAGCCUCACCUCCUCCCCAUGUUCUCCCGCAUUCUCUCUCCAGAUAAAAGCCUUGUUUUAUUCAA